GCAUUGCAAUAUUCUGAUACCUCGUUAUCCUCAGAACCUCGGCACACGGAACGCGGCAACGCGGUGACCAAUCACCGUCUAGCUUUUGGGUCUCGAAUAUUUACUCCACAGAGAGAGCGCCAGCGUCGCCGAGGCAGUAAUGGCGGUAUGUCAGGAAGAGGGCGCCUGCAGCGCCAUGACCGUUCUCACUUCCGUACUGGUCAGUGUCCGGUUUUGCUAGGAGGAACGUGUGCCCGCGCAACGCAAGGUCUGCCAUCGCGGUUGGCGGGCGCUCACGGCCGCGCUUCGUUGUUACCAGUCCGCUCAGACGACGCGGCAGAUGCCCUGCCGCGUCGCGCGUCCCCAUUGGUCGCCGCGCGCGCUGCUCUCGUGCAACCGGAUCGACGUUUAUCGCAAGAUCCGGCCACCCCGCCUGUCCAGCUUCGACGUCGGCGAAGUGCUCGCGCGUGUUGCGUUCACCAAAAAAUUUCAUCACGACUGGUCAACCGCCCCCCGCGGGGGGGCUAGCCUCACGAUACCGUCGUUUCCACCGUCGUUGUCGUCGUCAUCGUCGCGCGCCGUUCCAGCAGCGCCUUCGACAACACAACGGCGAAAGCGACAGACGCGAGCGCAGCGCCGCCGCCAUCAGCGCGACCGCCAUCGCAACGAGGUGCGCUAUUCCGUACGCCGCGACACGCACGUAGAAAUGCCCGUAGGUACGAGAUCGAUCGGUUCGAGUUCUCACACGACGAGCAUGGAGGUACCGCCGCCGUGCCUGUGAACGAGCGUCGUGUCGCGAGCGAGCAUCCAGCCACGCAUUUGCCGUCGCGCGGCCGAGCAUCGCACCAUCACCCUCGCGCUCGCAUCAGGUCAGCUGCUGCUGCUGCCGCCGCCUCCGCGCCGCCGCCGCCGUUGCUGUUGCCGUUGCCGCUGAUCAUUGGUGCGCGUCGCGAGUAUCGGUAUACACUCGUCUCUCGUCAUUAUCGUCGUCCGAGCCACCACCGCCGCCGCGUUCGUGAUCCACAGUGUGAUACUUGAACUUGUGUGGGUUAGCCGUGAGAGCUCGUGAUACAAUGGAGCUACGCGUUGGUAACAAAUACCGGCUUGGGCGGAAAAUCGGGAGUGGAUCCUUCGGCGACAUUUAUCUAGGUACUAAUAUUUCUACGGGUGAGGAGGUCGCUAUCAAGCUAGAAUGCAUAAAGACUCGACAUCCACAAUUGCAUAUAGAAUCCAAGUUUUACAAGAUGAUGCAAGGAGGUGUUGGAAUACCUACCAUAAAAUGGUGUGGUUCGGAAGGUGACUAUAAUGUAAUGGUAAUGGAAUUACUUGGACCAUCACUAGAAGACCUAUUUAAUUUUUGUUCGAGACGUUUUUCAUUGAAAACGGUUCUGCUCCUUGCCGAUCAAUUGAUAAGUAGAACAGAUUACAUUCACAGCCGCAACUUCAUUCAUCGUGAUAUUAAGCCGGACAACUUUCUGAUGGGCCUUGGGAAAAAGGGGAACCUCGUCUACAUCAUAGAUUUUGGAUUGGCUAAAAAGUAUCGUGAUGGGCGCACACACAAACAUAUACCUUAUCGAGAAAACAAGAAUCUUACAGGAACAGCCAGAUACGCGAGUAUAAACACACACUUGGGGAUUGAACAAUCACGGCGGGACGAUCUCGAAUCUCUUGGCUAUGUCCUCAUGUACUUCAAUAGGGGUAGUCUGCCUUGGCAAGGAUUGAAAGCAGCAACAAAGAGACAAAAAUACGAGCGUAUUUCCGAGAAGAAAAUGUCGACACCUGUAGAAGAACUUUGCAAGGGUUAUCCCGAGUUCGCGUCGUAUCUAAGGUAUUGUCGAGAUCUGCGCUUCGAGGAGAGGCCAGAUUAUUCGCAUCUUCGUCAACUCUUCCGGACAUUGUUUCAUGGCCAAGGCUUCACCUAUGAUUAUGUCUUCGACUGGAACAUGCUGAAGUUUGGUAACGCGAGACAACCAACGUUACCCUCGGCGCAACAAGCGCCCAUGCAUUCACAGCCGUCUAACGCGGCGCUGCCUUCUGGGACCAACAACGAUCAGGAACAUCGAUCAAGGCCGUACACACGACAGUGUUUGCCGAACGCGUCUGUAGCGGCGGUGGGGCCGACGCUUGGGCCAAACGCGAGUCUGCGGGCGAUCCGGCAGAAACGCGAAAUGGAGACUCGUGGCGACCAGGACAAUCAGGACAAGAGUGAUCUCCAAGCAUCGGGUGCGGGUGGCCAAGAACGAAGGGUCAGCAUGCGGUUGCACCGUAGAGACGCGCUUCUAGCUGCUGCAGGGGAAAUGCAACCCAAAUCCAAGAAGCGCCAAUGCGACGGCAAUCGCCCCACCCACCCUGAUGGUCAGGCGGGCAAGCGUGCAACACAACAAGUGAAUCAGCAGCAACAAUAGCGGGUUCACCAUCGUCAUCGCCAUCAUCAACGUCACCACCAGCAGCGUCGCCCGCCACCGUCAAGAGCGGCGAUCGGCGAGCACCGUCGGUGGCGUGGCGCGUUCCCGCCUGCCGCGCGCCGGAAAUAGACCUGUGCGUGGUGCCUCGCGACCAUCCGGCGAACGGUGACACGCGAGGCGACCCGAUUUUUGCGUGACGCGGGAGUCGCGGGGACGUCGAGUGACAACGCUCUUCUGUGCGUGUGUGGUGAUGUCCCCUUUUACGACGCCCGCGAUGUGUCCCGCGUUCUGCAAAAGUGACGGAAACGACCGCGCGCGAGUGAACAAGCGAGAGGAGAGACAAGUCGUUUGUUCCCGCGACGCGCUUUAAGGGUGCAUGUGCUGCGAAGAGAGGAAGAAGUCGACGAUAAAAAAAAAAGAACAGGAAUGCGCGACGAACGCGGUGCAAGUCACAAGAACAACCGCAUCUCCAGGAUGCAGCGCACAAGACUUUCAGGCGAAUUAGCAAUUGCGUGCGAGUCGAUUCUACGGGAAAACCUACGAUCGGAGCGAGUCCCGUCUACUGAACGCUCUCAACGGCACGGCGUUGACGAGAGAGAAAGAGAGAGAAAGAAAAAGAGAGGGAGAGCCCAAUCUAGGAAUCGUCAAGCUCAUCGUGUAGUAUUAGAGGCGCGCGGUCGUGAUCGUUUUCAGGGCGAAUCACAAAAUGUACAGUACGCGACUUCGAUGAUGAUUCUCGCAGUUGUUUAUAGUCAACUCGUUGUCUACGAGCUACCGGUUCUCGUCAGCCAAGACUGACACUGCUUCCUCUGAAUUCAAAGCGCAUAAAUGGCAAAGUACUUUGAACAAAUAAUAAUGUACUUGUCUAGGUUCAGUAUAAUGUGAUUAUUAAUUGAUUAUUCACUGAGUUUUAAAAAAGAAAAGAGCAGCUCCUAUCGGAUAAUAGUAGGUAAAGUUGUCGAGGUGAAACACGUGUUCGUAGAAGGCUACGACGAAGGACGAAGGCGUCAAAAAUAGUAGUGUUUCGUAUAGAUUAUUAUGUCACAUUUAUUAUUCCCAGAUUAUAAUAGCGUAUGUUCUAUUUAUAAAUUUUUCGUAUUCUCCUUGUACAUGUAAUUUCCAAGAGCUCAGUUUGUUUUCCUUUUUCUUGAGAUACCGUACAAGUCGCUUCAAGUCGACUCCGCGUAUUCGCCGUUGUUCAAUUUUCCUGGGACAGCCGUCGUAAGUUAACGCGAUCAUUGCCAUGUCCCGCUCCAAUCGGAUACCGGAUACAUUUGUAUAAAUGUAGAAUAUUUCUUCGUAUAAGUCGCAACGUGUACAUAGGCCGGAACGCAUCAAUAGUCGAGCAGCGAGGAUGUUACAGCUGUUACGGAUUUUUUGCACAAAACGAGCGAGUGGUGUUCUCGGAUGAUAUUAAUGUAGUAUACGUAGCUCCGUGUUUAGCGUGUCGAAAAGGACGAAGUGCAAUCGCGGGGAAAUGCCGUAAUUAAAGAAUUUUCACUAGAAAGUAUGUAUUCGAUACUGCUGAGACAAGUGCGUGUCCUAAACUCGGACCGUCGUCGCUUCCGUUGAUGUCGUUGACAAAAAUAGCUUUCGGGAACAUCUGCGUCCAAGAAAAGUUUACCCCCCGAGAUCAAGAGACACACGGAGUCCUAAAACACGUAUUCUUUUUUUUUCUCUGCCCGAGUCGCUUAACGAAGCGACGUCACGCCGAGCUGCGGCACGACGGCAGGACGAGUCAUUUUUUAUCUUUCCGCUAAGAAAGCUCUAGUUAAACGAUCAUACAGAACGUAGUACAACGGGCCACGCAAGGGUGGGUGAGACAUAGAAGAGAGGGUGAAAACGUGGGCAAGAGGGGCACGUCUAGUUUUUAGGGAAUUCGUUCGGUUGUGCUAGAUGGUAAGGAGAAACAUGAUUGCGAGUUUCUGAGGAGCACCUCCUCAAUUUCAUCAGCAUCGAUCGGGCGUACUGUACAGAUAAUGCGUGUGUGUACGCGCGUGUGCGUAUGCGUUGUACGUGCGUGUCACAUGUGAUGAAUUAUAUACGCCGCGGUUCACGUGGCCGUUACCGUUUAAUCGUGCGUUUCGCAAAGAGACGAGAAGAGAGAGGUGUGCCGACGUGCCGUGAAAAGGAAGCGCCGGACCGAAUUCAGCGUCCAAGUAUAACAAAUAACUGAUACGACCUUUUCUCACCCCCCCUGACAAAACGUGCCCUUCCCUUUUGUACGGUAACAAUAGCAAACCGAGAACACACGAAUCAAGAGCGAAGAAUUCAGCGCGCGCUCCGCUGUUCACCGACCGCCGUUCGCCUUCUGCUUUUUCCCUUUUCUUUCUUUCUACGAAAAUCAGCUUUAAGCUAGACGAAGAUACAACGUUCAUUAAUUUCCGCCUCCAUUAACAAACGGAGGCGGAUUAGCAAACGGAGGAACCGUCGGUGAACCGUUAUCGGAGCAUCAUUUCGCGUUUGUGUUUAUAAAACGGAUAUGCGUGUGUUACGUGCGCGCGUAUGCACGCUCUUUUACGUCGACUACAUGCGAAAUUUUGCGUGCGAGUGUGUGGAGAAGAAAAAUGAUAGGGAAGAAAAGUUAAUAAGGUGCGUGCGUGUGUCUCCGAAUCGAGCAAGUGCCAUGAAAAAAUGCGUUGCGUCGCAUGUACGAAGAACCAUAUGUAUAAUCCACGUUUUCAACUCUUGCAUUUCAUUUAUCUCGUGUAAAUCGCGUCGAUUGUCAUGCAAUCGUGUACAGCGCUUAAAAGACAAAACGAAAUCGAUCGAUCAUAAUUAUUGAACGACUGAUUGCAAGUUUAUAGAGAUAAUUAAUCAUCUUUAGCAUAUCAAUGCAAAUGUAUGCGGUUUUGAGGUGCAUUAUUGAUAAUUUCGACAAAAAAGUUAAAUAAUACGAACUGUUUAAAUUGUUAUAUUUUUAACUUAACUUUAAGCAGCAUUUUUCGUUUCCAAACAGAGUCUUGUCUGCAUUGCGACGCACUUUUUCUGGCGUAAUAAUACGCAACGCGAAGAUGCAAGAAUGCGUACGAAAAAUAUUGGCAAUGACAAAGAGGUGAUCACGUAGUUGAACGAUCCUAAGCCCAUCGAGCUCACGUAGACCAUCGUCCACGAACAAGAUUUUGAAGGACGUUCGUGCUUGUAACCUUGAAAAUGAGGUGUCAGACAACAUUUCAUAAAUAUCCUAAGACAUUUAAAAAAUAUUUUAAAUCUAUACACUGCAAAUCUAAGUGUAAUUUUCAUACACUUACAUAGUAAAUGUAUGAAAAUCGUAAUUUUUUACGCACUAAUAUUUGUGUUAUUCUACUUCAUGUUUUAUCUACUACAUGUUUUUCUACAGCUAAGUACAUAUUUUUAAAAUAUGUUAAAUUGCACACUUAAGAAUUACAUUUUUCUUUAUUUUUACAUACUUUGUACUGUGUACACUAUACACAUAAAUUACAAAUUGUCAUAUUGUCAAUUGUCAUAUAUACAGCGAAACGUGUUAAAUGAAGCGUUUAAAUAUGUAAAUUUAUUCUUUAUGAAGUGUAAUCUUCACACGGAAAGCCAAAUCAUACACACAGAAAUAUGUAGUUACUACACACUUGGAUUUGCAAUGUAGGACAUCCUUUAGACGCCUUUUCAAAGCUUCGUGUUUCGAGAUCGAUUACAAACACAGGCUUGAUCUCGAAUGAAAAAUAUCCAAACAUAUCUUUCUCUUAUUUGAAUAAUCUAUACUGAAAUCGUCGCGAAGAAUGGUUGAAAACUAAUUUUCUAUGUACUUUCAAGAGUGUUUGCAAAAAACACUCGCAAACGUCCGAAAAUUCGUCUCGAGAGUUACUUGCGAGUCACUAACAAAAAAAAAGAAGAGGAAAGGGUCAAGCAUUCGCGUUGCCAGUUGAGGGUCAGCAAAGGUCCAUCCGUUCUCACCUCAUCAUUGUCUUUCCUUAUUCCCUAUCCUCUCUCCCACUUCGGUUCUCUUCCUAACGUCUUGUACGAUAUUAUUGUACGAUGCAUCGCGUAUAAAGUAAGAGAGAAAACGAGAAAACGUGAUAAAAAGUUAUACAUGUAGACACCAUUGUACCGACACCGUGUUUUUCUAUGUACUUUUUUUCUCUUUUUUUUUUCGUAGGGUACUACUACUAUCAUAUUACUACUAUCAUAUUAUUACUAUUACUAUUACUACUACGACUAUAUUACCAUUACUACCGCUGCUGCUAUUGCUAAUUAACUGUUAUUACGUUGUAUAUCGUAUAGUCGAAUUUUGGAUCGAUCUACUCGAGACGAGGCGAUCCUGAUGGUAGAGCGAGGACGAAGCAACGUAUCCCGAAGCCUGACACAUCCGCGAAUUCCGAUCAUCGCAUCACGCACGAAUGCCUUCAUUUUGUUUCGUUUAGAAAAACGGAGAAGAGAAGAAGGUGCUUUUUUUAUAUUCUCAGAGAACGACGGUUUUACGUAAUGAUAAUUCUACCGUCGUCAUCGGAUGAGAGAUCCAAGAUCCGCUAUUUUUCAUCAAGUUAUUUUUCUUCCUUCUCGCGUCCCGUUAUUGCUCAAGAGAAGCUUCUGCGGAACGAUACAACAUUGCAAUAGUUACCAAAACAUCUCUUCUGCACCGAGAAAGUGAUCUCUGCAUAACUCAACGUUCAUCAUCUAAGCUACAAAUCAUCACUUUUUUUUAUAUAGAUACAUGUGUGCAAUCUUUCUUCUUUUCUAUCAACCGAAUCAUCUUGUUUUGUAUAAUUAUUUACGUAUUUAUUAUACAACUGAUGCGCGCGAUAGAUCUUGAAGAAUACUUUAGAGCGCAACACGACGGAGUGAGCUCCGUUCUAACUGGACUUUUUGGAGUAAUAUCUCGAUUGCCAGUAAAUCUCCA